AGUCUAAAUUUUCCAAACAGCCCUAAUUUAUCUUCCUUAUUAUCCUUUGCUUUCCUCUAGCCCACCUGUGUUCGCUGCUCUUCAUUCCAUUUGUUUUUCACUUUGAUAACAUUUUGUCAACUCCUCUCGCUUUAGUUGACGUUUGCUCAACCUUCCUUUCGCUAGCCAGGCAAUUCUUUCAAAAUCAGCAACUCUAUCUCAGUGCGCUCUGUGCUGUCCCUCAAUCCUUCGGGGCAGUUCGUAAAUCAAACUUCUCGACACACACCAAUCAGCUUUGGAAGAACACUUGGACCUAUACUUUAAAAUGAAGUUUGUCCCUGCCGUGUUGGGCUUCGCAGCUUUUACUAUCGUGGCAGCGAAGCCUACUGUUACACUGCGCGAGGCCCCCAUCAAGGCCCGCUCACUCCCACAGGUUUCCGCCUCUGGUAAUGCUUUUUGGGCGGACGGCAAGCGCUUCUACAUCCGCGGUAUCGAUUACCAGCCUGGUGGCUCGUCUGCGAAUAUCGAUCCUCUUGCCGACCCCACCAUCUGCGGUCGUGAUAUUCCUAGGUUCAAAGACCUUGGUGUGAAUACCGUCCGAGUGUAUAGCGUCGACAACUCGAAGGACCACAAGGAGUGCAUGCAGCAGCUUGCUGAUGCUGGUAUCUAUCUUGUAGCCGACAUCAACAGCCCCUUGUACUCCAUCAACCGUGCGGAUCCUCAUCCAUCAUACAAUGCCGUCUACCUCCAGAGCGUCUUUGCUACCGUUGAGGAGCUUGCUCAGUACGACAAUACUCUGGCAUUCUUCUCUGGAAAUGAGGUUAUGCACGAUGAUCCUGAAAUGACCUUGGCGGCUCCCUACGUCAAAGCUGUCACCCGUGACGUCAAAAACUACAUGGCGUCCCGCGGCCUUCGUCACGUGCCAAUUGGUUACUCUGCUGCUGACGUUGCUGCCAACCGUAUGGAGACUGCUGCCUACUUCAACUGUGGUAGCGAUGAUGCCCGCAGCGACUUCUUUGCCUUCAACGACUACUCCUGGUGUAACACCGAUUUCGAGGUGGCUGGCUGGGAUGUCAAGGUCAAAAAUUUCACUGAUUACGGUCUUCCUAUCUUCAUCUCUGAGUAUGGCUGCACAACUAACGGUCGCGACUUCAAUGAGCUCAAGGCUCUGAUGAGCGACCAGAUGACCGGUGUUUAUUCUGGUGGUCUUAUGUAUGAGUAUUCUCUAGAGGAGAGCGAUUGGGGUAUUGUUAAGCUCGACGGUAACAACGUCCAAGAGCUUGAUGAGUAUGCUAAGUUCAAGGCCGCUCUAUCUAAGUAUCCCAGUCCAGUGGGUGAUGGCGGUGCUGCCAUGACUACCCAUGCGGUUGACUGCCCUACUUCCGGCGCUGCAUGGUUGAUCAAUUCCGACGCCAUCCCCACUAUGCCAAAGAAGGCUGAGGAUUACAUGAAGAAUGGUGCUGGUGACGGCCCUGGCCUUAAGGGUUCUGGUUCUCAAUGGGCUGCUGACAGCGCGUCGGACGGCGAGACCACUAUAGGCACUGCUUCCCCAACUGCCUCUAGCAGCGCUAUUGCUGCUUCUAGUUCCUCUAAUUCAGCAGCUGCUAUAACUUUUGGCGGCUCUGUAGAGAGCGCCCCUUUAGUUAUUAGCAGUUUAACUGUUGUGCUCAGCCUGCUUGGUGCAGUUAUGCUAUAGAAAUCUUACAAAUAUUAGUAGCCUAGCUGUUGUGUAGAUUGCUAACAUAUUGUACUUACCUUAAGUUAUUAGACUAUUAAAUAGACUUUAUAUAUGCA